UCAACGAGCAAACAACAUAAACGCGCGCGCGGCGACCAAGGACAUACGCAAACGCAUAUACAUAUAUCCUGGCAUAUAUCCUUCAAACGCCACCUUCGCCCCCAUCCGUCGCAACCAGCCAAAUGGCAAUGCUUAAUGAGGCCAGCUUGAGUCCUGCGGACGCACAUGCUCAUGCCACCACGCCCACGCACAGCAAGGCGGCGAUGGCGAUGGCCAGUGGUGCCACCACAAUGCUGACCACAAAAACGCCGUUCUCCAUCGAGCAUAUAUUGUUUCAAAAUUUAAAUAGUGCCAGCAAUAAUAAUAAUAAUAAUAAUAACAAUAAUCCCAGCACUGGUAUCACCGGUAAUACCAGUAACUAUCCAGUGCAAAAGAGCAACAAAAACGCGAUGAAAAGUGCCAGGAGCAGCUUUGCCCACCACGACAAUAAUUCACAGAAACAUCCGUCGCAUCAUUCGCAUCAUCCGCCGCAAUCACAUCCGCCGGCAUCCGCAUCCGCCUCCGCAUCCGCGACGGCAACAACGCGCGGCAAUCAGGCAGCGUCGGGAUAUGGCAGCGAGGAUUAUGCCAAGUCCUUGCACAACACCCAACGUUCUACUCACCAUUCACGACCGGGAGCUUCCCACUACAGCGGUGAUCAGAAUUCUCAGCAAUUGGGAUCUGCGGCAGGACAGCAUCCGCCAGUGCCAGCGCCUCAGCCACCUCCUCCGCCGCCACUGAGUGGAGGAGCUGGUGGAUCCAAUGGAGUCUUAUACCCAAAUGCGCCGUACACCGAUCACGGCUUUCUCCAAAUGACCCUCGGCUAUCUGUCUCCGUCGUCGGGCACAUACAAGUCCGUGGAUCCCUAUUUUCUAUCACAAGCCAGCCUUUUCGGGGGAGCGCCCUUCUUUGGGGCACCUGGUUGUGUUCCGGAACUGGCCCUCGGAUUGGGAAUGGGCGUGAAUGCCCUGCGUCACUGCCGCCGAAGGAAGGCCCGUACGGUGUUCAGCGAUCCGCAAUUGUCCGGCCUGGAAAAGCGGUUCGAGGGACAGCGAUACCUCUCCACACCAGAGCGAGUGGAACUGGCCACGGCACUGGGACUCAGCGAAACCCAGGUGAAGACCUGGUUCCAGAACCGACGCAUGAAGCACAAAAAGCAGCUGCGCCGGCGUGACAAUACCAAUGAGCCCGUUGACUUCUCACGCAGCGAACUGGGCAAGCAGCCGGGCGAGGCCACCUCCUCCUCCGGCGACUCCAAGCACGCCAAGCUCAGCUCCGGGUCCGGAUCCGGGGGCACGCCCACUCAGCCUACAAGUGAGCAGCAGCAACUGCAGAUGUGCCUCAUGCAGCAAGGAUACUCCACGGACGACUACUCCGAUCUGGAGGCGGAUAGCGCCGAUGAGGACAACUCCAGCGACGUGGACAUCGUGGGGGAUGCCAAACUCUACCAGUUAACAUAGAUAGUGCUAUUGGGAUUAGAGCCUUGAUCUUAAAUUAGUAAUGUUUUCGGUAUUUUAAUUGGGGAAAUACAACCGAUAGUUAUAAAAUUUGUUUAAUAUACUUUAAGUUACAUAGUUUAAGAUUUAAAAAAAAAAAGAUAACUCUUUAAAAUAGGCUCUCUUUAAAGUGUAAUUAAGCAGAGCCAUUGUACGAUAUUUGUUUUUAACUGAGACCAUCAAUCUUGAUUCUUUAAAAUGUACUUAAAUCUGAAAAGACAAAUUUUAUAUAGUCUUAAAACAAAAGUAUGAUAAAAUUGUAGUUGUAUUUCCCCAAAUUUUAAAAUUGAAACGAAAUACUGUGUAAAUACUAACGAGCUGCAUUCUAGUCAUGUAUCAAAUCUUAAAUCUAAUCAAAUUUAGUGAUUGUAUUCGAGAACUUCCAUUUUAAGAUAUUUUAGUUCCCUAACCGCUCGAUUUCUUAUCCAGAAUAUAGUGCUUACAAUAAACAGAACCGAGCAGAAUUACAUAUGUGAA